CUUUAUCGUCCCCACAAAAAAAAUAAAAAUAAAAAAAUAUUAUCACUGUAACUGUACAGAACUGCAGAUCAAAUACCAAGUAAGCUUCAAAACACAAUUCUGAAAGCGCAAGCUCGGAAUUGCUCUUCAAUGGCGUAAAACAAAACCACAAAAAAAUAAAAAAAUAAAUUGAAACAACCUCCAUAAGCAAUCCUCAAUUUUCCAAGCAUCGUAAAACAACAAUUUCCCCCAGAUCUCUUCUCCUUGUUCACUGAUCUGAAGCUUCCCCUAAUUUUCAAUAACUAGGGUUUCUGCUGAGUUUCGUCUAUCGAAGCAAGAAUGUCGGGAGCGGCCUCAGCGCUGUUCCUUUUAGACAUUAAAGGUAGAGUUCUCAUAUGGCGGGAUUAUCGCGGUGAUGUUUCAGCGGUUCAAGCUGAGAAAUUCUUCACUAAGUUCAUCGAGAAAGAGGGUGAUCCACAAUCUCAGGAUCCAGUUGUGCACGAUAAUGGGGUUACAUACAUGUUUAUACAACACAACAAUGUGUAUUUACUUAUUGCUACAAGGCAAAACUGCAAUGCUGCUAGUCUUAUUCUCUUUCUUCACCGUGUAGUUGAUGUGUUCAAGCAUUAUUUUGAAGAGCUAGAAGAGGAAUCUCUAAGGGAUAACUUUGUUGUAGUGUACGAGUUACUUGACGAAAUUAUGGAUUUCGGUUACCCUCAGUUCACAGAAGCAAAGAUCCUGAGUGAGUUUAUUAAAACUGAUGCUUAUAGGAUGGAAGUCACACAGAGGCCUCCUAUGGCUGUGACAAAUGCAGUUUCAUGGCGUAGUGAAGGAAUAUCUUACAAGAAGAAUGAGGUAUUCUUGGAUGUUGUGGAGAGUGUCAAUAUACUUGUAAACAGCAAUGGGCAAAUCAUUAGAUCAGAUGUUGUUGGGGCAUUGAAGAUGAGAACAUAUUUGAGUGGGAUGCCUGAAUGUAAACUAGGCCUGAACGAUAGAGUAUUACUGGAGGCUCAAGGACGAACUACUAAGGGCAAGGCUAUCGACCUGGACGACAUCAAAUUUCAUCAGUGUGUACGUUUAGCCCGUUUCGAAAAUGAUAGGACCAUAUCAUUUGUACCACCAGAUGGGUCCUUUGAUCUCAUGACAUAUAGGCUCAGUACUCAGGUGAAGCCUCUGAUUUGGGUUGAAGCCCAGAUUGAGAGGCACUCCAGAAGUCGUAUUGAGAUAACAGUGAAAUCAAGAAGCCAGUUUAAGGAGCGAAGCACUGCGACAAAUGUUGAGAUUGAACUGCCAGUGCCUGCCGAUGCCACCAAUCCAAAUAUUCGCACGUCAAUGGGGUCUGCUGCUUAUGCACCUGAGAAGGAUGCUUUAGUCUGGAAGAUAAAAUCUUUCCCUGGUGGCAAGGAAUACAUGUUGAGGGCAGAGUUUAGUCUUCCGAGCAUCACAAGCGAAGAGGCAACUCCUGAAAGAAAAGCUCCUAUACGAGUGAAAUUUGAAAUCCCAUAUUUUACAGUUUCUGGAAUCCAGGUUCGUUAUCUUAAAAUCAUUGAAAAGAGUGGAUAUCAGGCUCUUCCAUGGGUGAGGUACAUAACAAUGGCUGGCGAAUAUGAGCUGAGGUUAAUGUGACUGAACCGGUGAUCCAAAAGCUAUACGGUUUUUUUCAUUUGUUAUAUUUUGGGACAAAAUCUGGAGAGUUGCACACAAACGAAGCAUGAAGCAACUUUGGUUUUCUUAUUAUUGGCCGAGCACAGUCUCUUGUGGGCAUAAUCUCCUUCUCGAGUUGAUGAAUCUGACUUUUCAUUAUCUUUAUUCCAUACACUUGAGAGUUAAUGAUUGUGAAGAACAGCCUCCGCAGGUAUCAUUAUGUUUUUGAUCUUUUGCUAGUUCUUGUGCAGAAUUUUCCUUCACUGAUGUGAAGAUUGUGACUGUGUUAUGAAAUUUGUAAUUCUAUCUAAUUGUCUACCUUUUGGUUGUGUUGAUUAAGAUUUUAGUAGAUCAAUACUUUGAAAUUAUGUGAAGCAAAUAUUCCUCCCGAUUCAAAGAUUCCGUUUCAACGUCA